CAGAUGAAGCCAAAUCCCAAUCCUUCAAAUUGCAAAUCCCACCCUUGUAUCAACCGAAUAUUCCCCUUCUAGCCACUUGUCUCGUUUUGCGGGUCUCCACAGUCCACACUUCAUCAUCAUCCCGAUGGCGCGCAAGAACGCGAAAACCGUCAAGAAGCCUGCCACGACAAAGCAGGUCGUGGACGCCAAUACUGAAGUCAAGAAGCAGGAGGAGCCCGCUGCCCCCACCACCGGCACGUUCGGAUGGGUGCUCAAGAUCAUUGCAGUGGUGGCGGCUGUGGGCGUGACGUACUUCCUGCGCCAACUGGACGUGGAGAUCGUGCGCGCUGCCCACUACAUCGCCCGCACUGAUGUGACGGAGCACCGACGCUUUAACGUCACAUGUGCGCCAAUGAAGAAAUCGGACCUGUUCGUGCCGGGCUGCCACCAGGAGAACGAGACCAUGUGCGGCCGUGCUCUGAUCGACAACUUCGUGAUGCCCAAGCAAGUGACGCAGCUGCGCGAGAUCGCUGAGAUCGGUAUGCAGAAUCGCUCGAAGCUCGGCGGCCCAACUAUCAUGGACAUCAACACGGGCUUCGUCCGCGACAGCGAGGGACUGGUCAACAUCUAUCAGCCUGAGCAGAGAAUCCCCAACGAAGACAAACCGGGUGUAAAACGCUUCAGCAAGAAGCAGUUCAGCCUGUACCGUGGCGUUGUGGAGAAGAUCCGCUUGGCCGUGAUGAAGGAGUUCGGUCUUGAAGAGCUGUAUUUCUCGGCGCCUACGUUCAUGACUCGCUUGAUUGGCAACGACUCGUGGACUCCCUCAGAGAUCCACGACGAGUACUGGCACCCGCACGUGGACAAGGAGAACACGAAGCACUACGACUACUCGGGGCUUUUGUACCUCGCGGACUACGGCGAGGAGUUCACUGGUGGACUCUUCUCGUUCAUCGACGAAAACUCGGAAACCGUUGUCGAGCCUGCUCGUGGCCGCCUCAUGAUGUUCACAGCUGGAGCAGAGAACUUGCACGUAGUGCGCAAGGUGGAGACGGGUACACGGUAUGUGUUGAGCCUGUGGUUCUCCUGCGACGAGCGCAAGCAGUUCCACAACUUCCUAGACGGCAACAUGCACAAGUACUUUAGACGCACGUAGGCAAGGAGACUGCCUGACAUGUACCGGUAAUCGGUGAUGAUUCGAACCAUCCUUUGUCUGCUUGUUGUCCUGUACUAGACUAUAUUAUUGCUGUUUUGGCUCUCCGGAGAAUGGAACUAGUGACAUGGCCAGGGAAAUGAAGGCGCCACGGAGAUGACGGUCGCGCUUUUCGACCUCUUCUCUUGCCAUUUGCAUUGCGUGUUCCCGGAACUUCUGCAUGAGCCGUCGCCGUCGCUCGUUGGAUGGAAUGCAGUGGCAGACCGUGUAAAUCGAGUUAGUACGCUCAAACACCAGCACACUAAGCGCAUCGGUAGCUGGUGGCGGGUGCCAUCGGACUUGUCGCGUGCUUGAGUCGUAGAAGUAGUGCUUCCCCGUUGUUUCAUCACAGUACUCUAUCCAGGGUGUUGGCAAGGGCUGGACCAUCGUGGCGCUUCGAAAGCCGAAGCAUAGCUCGCACACCACAUCAGUCGCCGCGUCUGGAGGGUUGUAGAAGCUCGAAAGAGCACGAAAUACGUCAGGGUGCUUGUCCUUGUCGGUGGUAACUCCCCGCCUCGCAGUGCCUGCAUUGAUCGAACCGCGUGAGCGUCUGCUAUUGCUGCGGCUAUUGAUAUCAUCGUCGUCUUUCUCUUGAGAAUUUUCAUCAUGCUGCGAGAACAACAGCGCGGCAACACUGGAAGAGAUCGCGCUGUUCGUGACGGCGCCAUCGCAGAUUCCUUGGUGCUGCUUGCGCGUCUCCGCGGCAAACUUCUUACGAAAAAUCUCCUGUCGGCGGUCGUAGCGAUCGAAAUCGACCUGGAGCUGCUGGCCGAUGCGGCGGGCCUCAUCAAACAUCUCCGUUGAGCUGCGCAGCGCCAUGCUGAACACAGCGCAACAAGUAGUAACGCAUACCCUAAGACAUCUACGCGGCCCGAGAUAUUGUUAGCAUGUCCAAGGACGGCACGCUGGAAAAUGCUCGACUGUUCUCGAUACAUUUUCACUAUUGGCCACGUUGAAGUGGUGUGGCCAAUCGUGUGACCCGUCCGUGUCUCAUCCAU